CAGAACAGGUCCCUUGGCCCAGUUGGUUAAGGCGUGGUGCUAAUAACGCCAAGAUCAGCAGUUCGAUCCUGCUAGGGACCAUUCAGGGCGUGUGGCGCAGUUGGUAGCGCGUUCCCUUAGCAUGGGAAAGGUCUCCGGUUCAAAUCCGGACUCGUCCAUUAUCUUUUUUGCACAUAUUUUGCUCUCGACUCAGUACAAUCUAGAGUUGCUUCUCUCUAUAGUACAAAGAGUCCUGCCUAAAAAAAUCAAAAUUGCCGAGCUCAUGAGCCGAAGUGAAAUAUCUGCCCCUCGGGGCCUGGAUAUCUAGAACAUGUUUGCAGAUCUGGUGAGCUACACGAUGAGAGCUACUUGAAUCCACG